GUCCGGGCCGCGGCCAUGGCUGCCGCCUGGCCCUGGCUGCUGCUGUGGCUGGGGGCGGGCGCCCUCCCGGCCCCGCCGCGCAUCCGGCUGCCGCUGCGGGGCGGCGCGGCCCCGCCGCCGGGUCCCCGGGCACGCCGGGCGCCGGAGGAGGCCGAGCGCAGCGGCGGCGGCUUCGUGGACAUGAUCGACAACCUGCGGGGCAAGUCCGGGCAGGGCUACUACGUGGAGAUGACGGUGGGCAGCCCCCCGCAGAAGCUGAACAUCCUGGUGGACACAGGGAGCAGUAACUUUGCUGUCGGAGCUGCACCUCACCCCUUCCUCCGGAGAUACUACCAGCGGCAGCUGUCCAGCACCUACCGCGACCUGCGGAAGGGUGUGUAUGUGCCCUACACCCAGGGCAAGUGGGAAGGGGAGCUGGGCACCGACCUUGUCACCAUUCCCCACGGCCCCAACGUCACCGUCAGAGCCAACAUCGCUGCCAUCACCGAGUCAGACAAAUUCUUCAUCAACGGCUCCAACUGGGAAGGGAUCCUGGGGCUGGCGUACGCCGAGAUCGCCCGGCCCGAUGACAGCCUCGAGCCCUUCUUUGACUCCCUGGUGAAGCAGACCCGGGUGCCCAACAUCUUCUCCCUCCAGCUUUGCGGCGCAGGCUUCUCCCCCAAUGAGACGGAGGCGCUGGCAUCGGUGGGAGGCAGCAUGAUCAUUGGUGGCAUCGACCGCUCGCUGUACGUGGGUGACAUCUGGUACACACCCAUCCGGAAGGAGUGGUACUACGAGGUCAUCAUUGUCAAGCUGGAGGUCAAUGGGCAGGACCUGAACAUGGACUGCAAAGAGUACAACUAUGACAAGAGUAUUGUGGACAGUGGGACCACCAACCUCAGGCUGCCAAAGAAGGUGUUUGAGGCUGCGGUGAAAUCCAUCAAAACGGCUUCUUCGACGGAGAAGUUCCCGGAUGGCUUCUGGCUGGGGGAGCAGCUGGUUUGCUGGCAGGUUGGCACCACCCCCUGGCACAUCUUCCCGGUCCUGUCCCUCUACCUGAUGGGGGAGGCCACCAACCAGUCCUUCCGGAUCACCAUCCUGCCCCAGCAAUACCUGCGCCCCGUGGAGGACGUGGCCACCUCUCAGGACGACUGCUACAAGUUCGCCAUCUCCCAGUCCUCCACGGGCACCGUCAUGGGCGCCGUGAUCAUGGAGGGCUUCUACGUGGUCUUCGACCGUGCCCGAAAGCGCAUCGGCUUUGCUGUCAGCGCCUGCCACGUGCACGACGAGUUCCGGACGGCCGCAGUGGAGGGGCCCUACCUGCACUCCAACAUGGAGGACUGCGGCUACAACAUCCCGCAGACGGACGAGUCCACCCUGAUGACCAUCGCCUACGUGAUGGCAGCCAUCUGCGCCCUCUUCAUGCUGCCCCUCUGCCUCAUGGUGUUCCAGUGGCGCUGCUUCCACUGCCUGCGGCGGGACCACGACGACUUCGCCGAUGACAUAUCCUUGCUGAAGUGAUGGUGGAACGCAGGGGCGGCCCCAGGGUGCAGGUGAGGCAGUGGGGCAGGGACAGGGAGGGCCUUGCUCUGGGGGCUGCAGCGUGGAGCAGGGCAGCGGCGUGGGGAGCACAGACCCUCCUGGCCCUGGGGGCUGUGCCUGCUGGGGAGUCACGCUGAUGAGCCAUCCCCUGCCUGUCCGCUUUCGCCCUCCAUCCCUGUGCAGCAUCCCUUCUGAGCCCACCCUGCAGCUCUCCAUGCAGGGAGCUGUGUGUGUGUGUGCACUGUGCUGCAGCCGUGCCUGCCCGUGCAGCUCCCUGCGUGGAUACCUGCUGAGCCACGCUCCAGAGCUCACAUCUCUGGAGCCUCCCAGCCCCAGCCCCAGGCUUUUUGGAGACAGCCACGCAGGACCAGCCUGGGGCUGCCCAGACAGGAGCUGCCAGAGGCACAGCUUUCCCUCCCAUCCUCCUGCUCCCCUGGACACCAUCUGCUCGAGCCAUUUCCCCUGCUCUGUGCAAGUGCCACCAGCACAGGGCUCCCUGCCCUCCCGGCUGCCUCGGGACAGGCAGGAGCACGCAAGCAUCUCACCCCGCUCCGCUUUCGCUCGCCACGUUCCCAAGGGGAUGGGAGCAGCCUUGGCCCCACGGGGAGGGACGGAAGGACACGGUGCUCCCCAGCCCACCCGCCCGUUCAAAGCCAUAGGGGAGCCCGUGCCGCAGCCCCUGCCCUGCCUCACCGCCAGCAAGCCCGCGGCCGGGCACAGCAGCUCCUCUCUGCUCCCCCUGCGUCCUCAUCCGUGUACCCCAGCCCUGGCUCCUGCUCCCGAGGCGCAGGCACCCGCAGCUCUGGGACUGCAGCAUUCCUUCUUUUGUAAACCCACUUGUAUUUAUUUCUUUUUUAUAUAUCUGAUGCGAGUCCCUAGUAGUGCAGCUCUGCCCAUCAGCCUGUACAUAGCAGGUCCCACGCCGCACCCCAGCUUCUCACCUGUACCAUACACACAUAUAGCUCUAUUUUUAAGUCCAGCGCUGAAAUUCGACUGCUCCAGCCCCGACAGCAAGGGGUUUGGUUUGGUUUUUCUAAAUCUCUUUAGUCUCUGCUCAGUCCUGGGGCCUUGGCCUCAACCCAUGGCCAGGGCGCGCUCAGCAGCGUCCUGCGGGAGCCCUUUAUGGGUGGGAGGUGGGCAGAGCUGGUUUUGGAGGAGGCGGUGAUGGAGCCAGGGGGUUGGAAGAGGAUGGCAGAGAUGGAGAACACAGAGAGCAGAAUGGACACUGAGCACAGGAGGCACUCUUGUCCUCGCUGUGCUCCGCCAGCGCAGGGAGGAGCUCCUGGUCCAUGAGGACAAACCUGCCGCUGCAGGGCCCUUCCCCUGGGGCUGCGGGCAGUUGGGAAUGCCGUAGUUCGCGGCUGCUGCGCCUCGGACAGGCAAGUGCUUUGUUGUAAACAGCAAACUUCACCCGUUCAAGGGCAGCAUUCCUCAGUGAGCAAAAGACAUGGGCUCCCUGCGGUGCCGGGGCCGAGGUGGCAGCUCGGGCAGGGCAGGGCAGGGCUGCUGGAACCACCACGUGGAAAGCUUGGGAAGCCGCUCCUGCAGUCACGCAGUGCUUUGGGAAAGCUGCAAGCGAGCCAGUGCAAGGUGGGAGGAGGAGACGCGCGCAGGGUAGGAGCAGGCACCGCUGCAGCCCGUUCCAUGCACCCGCUUCACCAGCAGCGCUUGCAAGCAGUGCCCGCGCCAUGCCUGCCUCCAACCCUGCAACCAUCCAGCCCUGCUGCUGCUGCAGCGCGGGACAGCGCAUGGACCUGCCUGCCCAGGAGCCGGGACUCCGUGCUGGAACACUGCCUUAACCCGCGCUGGCAAGCGGCUGCCUAGGAACACAGGCUGCGGCCAAACCCCGGCGUGCUCUGCCCCAGGGGCUCAGUCUGUGCCACAGACUGCAGAUAAAGGGGGGAAAUGCUACGGAGCCAGUGCGAGACUGGAGUGGUGCUGAGCACCUCGAAACCCCACCGAAAUCCAUGGAGAUGGGUCAGCGCGUCAGCCCAGGCUUCAGGAGGAAGUACAGGAGAGAUAGAGAAGAGCAGCAGGAUGGUGCCUCUGAGCUGCAGCACCAGGCACAGCCUCUGCCCCACAGGAGGGCGAUGGGGACGGGAUGGGUACCGCCGCUGUCGCUGCAGGCCCCAGUACUCUGUAACCUAUUGUCUGUGUAAGAACAAUGAAUGUUACCACGGUAAAUUAUUAUUACAUUAAAAAAGAGACCACCAAAGCU